UGAAAAUACGCCAAGAUGCUUUGUUGUGGAAAAUGUUCUAACAUUCAUAUCUUAAUGUGUGUUUGAAUAUUCAUAAAAAUAUCUGUAUAUUUUCAAUUGAACCAUGGAGGGCUCAAUGCCCAGUGAAAUGGAUGAUAUGCUGAGCUUCAUGUAUGCUGAGAAUGACAAUCCUGUUGACCUGUUUGAUAGUGAUGUGCUGUUAGAACCAAUGGAUUUGAAUAAUGCCAAAAUUAAUGACAUGGAUCAAGAUCUGGUCUUAGAUCUCUUUCAAGGGCUGGAUAAUGUUUGUUUGCAGGAGGAAAACAAACUGUAUGAUUCCCCUCAGCACAUGUUACGUAUGGAUUCAGCUAACUUACACAAUAUCUCAAUUCUGAAUCAGCCUGUAUCAACAUCUUCACAACCUAUUGAAAAUGUUCAACAAAAAUUUGAACCCCAAGUUCUGCAAACAGAAUCGGUCCAACUUCCAAAUUCUAUUAAUUUAAUGCAGUAUGCAGUUGCACAUAAUUCACUGCCAACUAUCACCACUAAACCUCUUCAGAAAGUUGUUGUACAACCUGCUGUGCAGAAGAAAAAAAUAUUGCCCUCCAGUGAUAUUACUGUUACUAAUGAGUUAAUACGAGUUUUAAAGGAAGAGAAAGAAAAACAAAUGCUUCUGCAACAAUUAAGCCAAAUGCCUCAGCAAAAAGUUCAGCAGCUUCUUUUACAAGCACAAAUUCUGAAAGGAGCAAAUGAAAAUAAAAUAGUUUCUUUCACAAAUUCACAACCUAUUGUUACAGCAACAAUAGCUCCAAGUACUCAGUGCAUAGCUUCUGUACCAUCACCUCCUAUUCAGACUGUAGUUACAGCUCAAAAUGGAACAAUAUUGACUACUAGUAUUCCAGUUUUUCUCGAUACAGAAAAGAUACCCGUUAACAGGAUUGCAACAAAGCCACCUAUAAUUAAAGGUGAAAAAAGAAAUGCUCACAAUGCCAUUGAGAGACGUUACCGAAGUAGCAUCAAUGAUAAAAUAAUAGAGUUAAAGAACAUUAUUGUUGGAGCAGAAGCAAAGUUGAAUAAAUCAGCUGUCUUGAGGAAAGCAAUUGAUUACAUAAAAUUCCUUCAGAAUGCAAAUUCAAAGUUGAAGCAAGAAAAUUUAGCCUUGAAGAUGGCUGCUAGAAAGCAAUGCUUGGAAGAUCUUUUGGACAAAAAACCAGUUGUUCCUCCCAGCAUUGCUGAUUAUACUCCCCCAACCUCUGACAUCAGCUCUCCGGAAAGAAGCCCAGCAAAUAGUGUUCCUGAAGUGUAUUACUCUGAUCAAGAUUCACCACAAUUCACUGGUUGUACAGAUAGUAAUGUACCUUACAGCAUAACUUUGGACAAAGAUGAUAGCAAUGAUAGUUUUGCAAGCCGUGGAAUGCUUGACCAUAAUCGCGUCAUGCUUUGCAUGUUUAUGUUUACAUUUUUAGCUUUCAACCCUUUUUCAUACUUCCUGAAAGUUAGUCUUCCUAGUUCAACAAGUGUGGACUCAUCUACUUUUACUGGCAGAGUUAUUUUAUCUGAAAAUUAUAAUUCUGAAGGUCAUUGGACUAGAAAUCUUAUAUUUAGUGCAACUACAUGGAUAUUGAACUUGGUGUUAAUUGCUCUAUGUUUGCUAAAGUUAUUUGUUUAUGGGGAACCUGUCCUUAAAAAGGAUUCAAACAACUAUACUAUUUUUUGGCGGCACAGGAAACAAGCUGAUUUGUCAUUUCAAGAGGAGGACUAUCCAAGUUCAGUUUUGCAUCUCAAAUUAUGCCUCACUGCACUAGGGAGAUCUAUGCCUUGCAACACAAUUGAGCUUGUUAUUGGAAUUAUCUGGCAAUUUGUUCGACAGUUCAAUCACUUUACUGGGAUUCAGCGUGCAAUUAAUGCUUUUCUUGUUCCCAAAGGACAUAGUUUAUUGAUGGAGAGUUCAAGGGAUGGUGCAUUGGUUUAUCAAAAACUGCAGCAGUUGCAUCUACUUGGUUUUCUGUCUGAAAGUAAAUUGGAAAGAAUUUAUUUAUCCCUCAAUGCCUUAAAUUUAGGGCAAGAUGCAAAAUCACUUAUACCCAUUGAAGAAAUGGCAGAAGUUUAUAUAAUUUCUGCCAUGAGCUUUAUUAGUUGCUUCCCUAGAAAACUUUAUUUUGUCACUUGGUAUUUGCUUAAAAAAGCACGUAAAGUAUAUAUUGCUAAUAAUGCCAUGGUUCCCCCUACUUUAAGAUGGUUAUUUGAUCCAAUGGGACAGACAUUUUUUAGAAAUGGUGAAUGGACUUAUUUGAGUGAAAAUACUGUUUUCAGCUCUAUACCAAACACAAUGAAUCCUCUUUGCUUUGCAUCCCGUGGAUUCAGAGAAUUCUUACUGGAGAAGAUUGUUUUAUCAGUUAUUUCACCUAGUAUGGAACUGGAUGAAAAUAUUGAAUUUAAAAGGAAUUAUUCAACUGGACUUAUUAUCUCAAACUGCAUUCAGUUGCUGAAGGAUUCUUGUUAUGCAACAGAACGUAGUCACUUUUCUUCUACACUCAGUAACUCGAUCAAUUUGCGGCAGGAAGAUCGUGUCACUUUUUGGUGGGCAUCUGUGUUGGGAGUUGCUCUGGCAUGGCUGCUUGGUGAAGAGGAAAAGGCAGAAAAACUAUAUCAGGAUGUGGAAAAUUUUCCAAAGGACUUUCUGAACUCGCAGCAUCCCCUUCCAUCUGCUGUUCUCACAUCCUUCCGUGCCCGGAGGAGUUGCAUGAAUCAAAUCUCUAUGCCCAGUGCAACACUCAGAUUAUGUGAUAAAGCUGGAAGUCUCAUUAAAGAUAGCAUGAAUUAUUCCUUGCACCAAAUGCCUCCUCCUUUGGUUCAGGCAUUUCAAAUAUUGAGUUUGGAUUGGUGUUUGAGCACUCGAAAAUGCAUUUGGGAAAACUCAAAAGCUGGAGAACCUAGUGCUUCAGAAGUAUUUGGUGUAUCUGAAGGAUAUAGAGAAGAUUUGCGAUGCUUAAGACGGCUGUUGCAUUAUGUCCCAGAAAUUUCUUCAAAGGUUCAUCUUUAUGAAAUCACUCAACGAUUGAUGGCUGGUGCGAAUCCGAUUAGGACUCAACAAAUGGUUGAUAGAAGUAUUAGAAGAAGAAAUAAGUCAUCGUCUAUAAUUUGUACCAAAGGUGCCAAUGGUGAAGGACACCACUCUAGCGAGCGUGAUCAAGCUGAUGCUUUGAUGCUUGCAUGUAAGCAUCUUCCUGAUAGUGUUAUAUCCAAUCCCCGUGAAAAAGAAUGUAUGCUGGCUGAAGCUGCAAGUAUUCUACAAAAACUCAGUGACAAAAGCAAACUAGAAAAAUGCCAUAAAAUGAUGAUUGCAGCUGGAAGUGUUUUUAUUGCCCAAAGCCAGCCUUAGUUUAGAAAUAGUGAUUGUUAUUUGUGUAUCAUUUCACUCACCAUUUUUUCCAUUCUAUCUUCAUCAAGAAAUUUUCGAAAACACUUGGUUUCUUUGAGGUUUUUUAAUACUAUGUACAGUAGAAUGUCAAAAAUCCAAACUAUUGGGACCAUAGGUAGUUUGGAUUUUCGAAAAUAACCAAAAAAAUACUAUUUAGGAAGAUAGUAUGUGAUUUAAUCAAAUAAAGAGAUAUUUCAAUGUGCAUUGGUGGCUCCCACAGGGAGCAACUGCACCCUCACUUCAAAAAAUAAAGGAGCCUUGCCCCCUCACUUUUUAGAGUUAAAAAUUAAUAAUCGAUUGAAAAAUAAUUUUUUUUAUGGGUAGAUUGAUUUAUUUUACGAAAAUCAAACUAAAAAUUCCAAAUGAAUGAACUUCUCUCAUUUUAUUUCAUAAGAAUAAAACUUGGAAGAGGAACAUGUACAGUGGAAAUCCGUCCCAUUUUUUGAUGCCAUAUUCCAGUUUUAGAAGGUAUUAAAUCAAUAUUAUUAAAAGCCAGUAAAUAAUGUAGCCCAAUUUUACUAAAUAAAUAAAUAGCCUCGUCCCUACACUUCUUUUGCCCAUGGGCGCCCAUAUGCAAAAUUGUAAGGGGGGGCUCAGAAAUUUUAACCAUGAUUUAACAGGAUAUUUUCCCCAUGGAGGCAGAUUUCAGAACAGAUUAGAGUCAUUAAAAUUUCACAUUUUUAAUUAUUUAUUCAUUAAUGGCUGGAGAAGAAAUAUUUUUAUA